AUGCGCUGGAUUACCCCUUUCCUACCGCUAUUGGGGGGCACCGCUAUUGCACAAACCUUUGUUCCAGCCCCCCGAAAUACCACAGUCAUCAAAUCAACACUCUUUGAAGGGGCAGAAAUAUCCUUUAAAAAGACCAGCAUAUGUGAGACAACGGAAGGUGUGAACUCAUACGCGGGUUAUGUCAAGAUUCCAAAACGUCUCCUUCCAGAUGCAAGCGGGUGGCCAGAAGGGCUAUCGGCUAACCUGUUCUUUUGGUACUUCGAAGCUCGAAACAACCCAGCCACUGCACCAACGUCACUGUAUAUGGGCGGUGGCCCUGGAACAACUUCCUUUGAUGGGAUGUCAGAUUUUCCAUGCUUCUUUAACCAUGAUUCAAACUCGACGACUCUGAACAAGUUUUCUUGGAACAAUAAUGUCAAUAUGCUCUAUGUUGACCAGCCGGUAGGAACAGGCUUCUCGUACGUUACUCUUGUGAAUGGGUUCAAAGACCUCCUCACCCGCGAAUUCACUCCUGUCGAAAACGAAGCCGAGCUCCCUCCACUUAAUGCCACGGUUCGUCAAGCUACUUUCGACCCAAGUGACCCGAUAACUACCACAAAUAACACAAUGAGUGUGGCACGCACGAUGUGGGUGUUUACACAGGUCUGGCUAAAAGACUUUCCAAAACGGCAAACCAAUAACGAGCAGUUGUCCCUCUGGGCAGCCUCAUACGGGGGAUUUUACGGGCCCGCUGUCUUCCAUUAUUUUCAAGAGCAAAAUGGACUCAUCCAAAAUAACCAGGCAGCCGCCCUCCCGAACGCCAAGGUGUUGAAUUUGGCGACUCUUGGUUUAACUGAUGCAUGCGUCGAUGCUCGGGCCAUGGCCCAGGGCUACCCGACGUUUGCCUACAACAAUACGUUUGGCCUCGAAGUUUACUCAAAGGAGGUGUAUGAACUAAUUAUGGCUAACAUCACGGACUCGGCUGAGGGCUGCUACGGAUUGAUUGAUAGGUGUCGAGCCCUUGCCGAGGAGGGCGACCCUCAAAGCUUCGGGGCGAAUCAGACGGUCAACGAGGCUUGCAUGGCGGCAACGAAUCUUUGUUUCUUUCAACUUCAGGGUAUCUACUCGCAACUCUCAGAUCGGUCGGCUUAUGAUGUGACCCUUUCCAAUAUCACAGUUGUGCCGGAACCGUACAACGAUGCGUUUUAUAACCAACGUUGGGUUCAGGAGGAACUGGGAGUCCCCGUCAACUUCACCAUCACCUCCGACAUGACCCAAGCGCUCUUCAUGACUCAGGUCGGUGACCCAAUGAGGAGGUCAUUGAAUUCUCUAGAACGAGUUCUUGAAGGAGGUGCCAAUGUCGCGCUCGUCUACGGCGACCGGGACUAUCGAUGCAAUUGGUUCGGGGGAGAAAACGUCAGUCUCUCUCUUUCAUUCGAUUCGGCAGACCAGUUUCGGGCAGCUGGCUACGAGCAUAUAAAAACCAACUGUUCGUACCAGGGAGGCUUUGUGCGUGAGCAUGGCAAACUUUCGUUCUCUCGAAUCUUCCAGGCCGGCCACGGUGUCGGCAACUACCAGCCCGAGACCCUCUCCAAGGUCUUUGAUCGCGCCAUGUUCAAGCACGAUGUUGCCACCGGCCGAGUCAACCUGAGGGAAGACGCGGGCUAUUCUUCUAAGGGACCUGGAGAUAUUCGCAAUGUCAAGAAUCAAAUUCCUGCUUCUGUGAAUAAUACUUGCUUCCUGUCGCAGACUACGAAUUCUUGCACAAACGAGCAAUUGGAGGCACUGGCUGAUGGCAGUGCAAUUAUCAGAGACUUUGUGGUGGUUGAACCGGAAGGAGUGCCUCCUGUUCCACUGCCAAUUCGAUCUUAG